CCUGCAGCCCAUUUCCUGGUCCAGGGGAAGCUCGAGUGCCAUUUCUUCAACGGGACGCAGCGGGUGCGACUCCUGGACUGGUACAUCUACGACCGGCAGGAGAUCGCCUACUUCGACAGCGACCUCGGGAAAUACGUGGCCGUCACUCCGUUGGGGCAGCGCGAUGUGGACAAGUGGAGCAGCGAUAAGGUCUUCAUGCAGAUCAAGAGGGCCGAAGUGGAUUCCUUCUGCCGAUACAACUACGAGACAGCCAAGGCCAGGCAGAUGGUGGGCCGGAGAA